UGACAAUAGUACACAAGCACUUGGACCUGGCUUCUUCUUGUUGGAAUUAUUUAGAGCGCAGACAACCAAGCGUUCGGUCGUCUACUCUGAAACUCCGCCACCGGCUACGAUUUCGAACGGGUUGUUAGUGGAGACCACCCUGCAUAAUACAACCUCGCUGUCGCUUCGCCGUAGCUCUCCAGAUUGGACGGUUCAUUUUGCUGACUCUGCUCUUGUUGCCUUUGGCUCGCGUCGUCGUGUCGCCGCAACCAUAGAACGGGUGCUGGCACAGGAUGGAAGCAAGUCUGCGGGAUUUGUGGGGGCACACUGGGUGGUCCGGCCGAGUUUAGCGUUGCAUGGCCACGACUUGCAAGUUCCCAUUUUGCAUUGUAUCAACGGAGACUUUCGCACCACGGAGGAAUGACCGACCUCAGCAGCUCGCUGGGAGGCCUCCCGCGUCUACAGUUUACUAAGGAGCGGAAACAGCAGCUCGAGUCCACGAGCGACGACCUCGUGGACAGGGCGCUGCAUGUGUAUGACGACUUCCACACGAACAAGAAGCACACCAAGACGGCCAAGCAAUGGAGACUCGUGAAGCGGAAGAAAUCGCUUAACAUUUACAGGGAACGGGGCAAAUCCAAGUCCAGUGACAGUCGAGUGUACCUCUGUAGCGGAGUUAUGCCUGGAACUGUCGAGGACAUGAUAAGUGGCACGUAUUUUGACGAUACCGAGAACAUGAGGAUUGGACUUACCGUUCUCAUGGACAAAUUCCUCGACGCCAGAGUGCUCCACGUGUUCGAAAAGAACGCCGUCACCAGUAGCGUCGUCUUCUCGGGCGUCAAGUGGCUGGCGCUCAAGACGCCGACCAACGCCUCGAUCAUCCACGACCGCGACAUGCUCUUCUACAACCGUAUCGGCCGCAUCGUCGAUCGUCGAGGACGAUACUUUGUCUACUGCGUUAUGGACUCGAUCGAUCUGGACGAGUUCCCAGCCAACCGACAGCAUAAUUUGGAACGUAGUUUCAUCUCGUUGUGCUACCUUUUCCGACAGGUACAGGAAGAGUGGGUGGGUUGUUUUAUCAUGGGUAGUUCCUCUAUGGGUGGUACACUCCCGCGAAGUGUGAGUGAGCUCAUCACGGCGGAGCGAAUGCUGUCCGUGGGUAAUUUCCUCAUCGUAGCUCGUGCCAAAGCGUAUUCGGCUCGCAUUGCCAGCAGCGCCGAUCGGAUCCCGUCUACCAGUACCUCCUGCGAUGUGUGUAUGAAGAAGCCAAACAUGUUGAGUGGGUCGCUUAAACUCUGCAUGGGCUGUCGGCGAAACACGUGCCGAAAGUGUCGCGAGUGGUGCACCGUGUUCCGUCUCGAAUUGCGUACGCAGAAACCUGGCAAGGAGAGAUUUUGCUCGCAAUGCAUCUCGGAGGUAACGCGCCCUACUAUUUCGAAUUUCUACAUUUGCAGUCUGAACGAGUCCACGAACGAUAGUGGCAACUUCCAAAGCUCUAAUUCCAUAUCGACGUCGGCGUCGGGAGUCAAGCACAGCAGCAGCAGUCCCUCGUCGUCUCCCCAUUCGCACGAUUUCUCUGAAGUUGACUCGGAUGCGUGGCCGUCAGGGGCCCCAGACCUACCGGAGAACCUGGAUGGUCUCGCUAGCUUUGUGGAACGAGCAAGUAUGGCGAACGCAAGAGAUAUGCAGUGGAACCAGGAAGAGCUCGACUAUUUCUCCGAUAUUCUAAGAGGAUCUGGACAAUUCAAGCGGCCUCAGUUUUCAGAGAACAGCAGCCACACAACCGCCAGCAGUAGCAACAGCCACGCACGACGAACUCAAAGCUACACUCAAGGUUUCCAGCCGGGCAGUUCUCUGCCUCCGCCCAGCCAGGAGAAAAUGGAUCGUCGAGUGUCUCGGAGCUACGCAUCGGACGAUAACUCGGUGCCACACCAGAAAUUCUUUAGUGUCGAUGAACUAGACUGAAUAUCUCCCUUGUAUGAGGAAGUUAUUGAAAAAAAAAUAUAUAGACGCCCAUCAGCAAAUACCAUUGCCAACCAACA